GCCCCACCAAAGCCGUGUGGUUGAGCGAAGUGAAUGACGUCUCUGCAUUUGCGGGCCGCCGACGCAGGGCUGGGUUUCCAUUUUCAGAGCGAGUUUCGGGGGGGAUCGUCAACAUGGAGCCGGAGAUGGAGGACAAACCGCUGGAAUUGAUGUGCUCUGUGCCUCGCUCUCUCUGGCUGGGCUGCUCCUCGGUGGCUGAGAGUUUGUGUGCACUCAGGUGCCUGCAGAGCAUCCCCUCCACCCGGGCUCACAACCAGAACAUGUCAGAGAACCUCGUGGACGAUCUGUCGCCAAAGAAGAACACGGUUAUCAAGCUUAUUAAUGGUCCUGUCAUCGGGUCCCGCAAGCGCCCAUCAGAGGGGAACUACGAGAAAGAGAAGGAACACUGCAUCACCCUGUUUGACCAGUGGUCGGAGGCCGACCAGGUGGAGUUUGUCGAGCGCCUGAUCUCCCGUAUGUGCCACUACCAGCACGGCCACAUCAACUCCUACCUCAAACCCAUGCUGCAGAGGGACUUUAUCACUGCGCUGCCAGCCCAAGGCUUGGAUCACAUAGCGGAGAACAUCCUCUCUUUCCUGGAUGCACGCUCGCUGUGCUCUGCAGAGCUGGUGUGUAAGGAGUGGCAGAGGGUCAUCUCUGAGGGUAUGUUGUGGAAGAAGCUCAUCGAACGCAUGGUCCGCACUGACCCGCUUUGGAAAGGCCUGUCCGAGAGACACCAGUGGGAGAAAUAUUUGUUCAAGAACCGCACGUCAGAAGUCCCACCCAACUCCUACUAUCACUCCCUUUAUCCCAAGAUCAUCCAAGACAUAGAGACUAUUGAGGCGAAUUGGCGGUGUGGCAGACACAACUUGCAGCGGAUUCAGUGUCGCUCAGAAAACAGUAAAGGGGUUUACUGUCUCCAGUACGACGAUGACAAGAUCAUCAGUGGCCUUAGGGACAAUUCCAUCAAGAUCUGGGAUAAGCAGUCUCUGGAGUGUCUCAAGAUACUGACCGGUCACACGGGAUCAGUGUUGUGUCUUCAGUAUGACGAGAGGGUCAUCGUCACCGGCUCCUCUGACUCUACUGUCAGGGUGUGGGAGGUGACAACGGGUGAGGUACUGAACACACUGAUCCACCACAACGAGGCAGUUCUUCACCUACGCUUCGCCAACGGAUUGAUGGUCACCUGCUCCAAGGACCGCUCGAUUGCUGUGUGGGACAUGGCCUCCCCUACUGACAUCAGCCUACGCCGGGUCCUUGUGGGACACCGGGCUGCUGUCAAUGUGGUCGACUUUGAUGACAAAUACAUUGUGUCCGCCUCAGGGGACCGUACCAUAAAGGUAUGGAGCACCAGCACCUGUGAGUUUGUGCGCACACUAAAUGGUCAUAAGAGAGGCAUCGCCUGUCUACAGUACAGAGAUCGUCUGGUGGUCAGCGGCUCAUCGGACAACACAAUCCGGUUAUGGGAUAUAGAGUGCGGGGCGUGUUUGCGAGUGCUGGAAGGUCACGAGGAGCUGGUGCGUUGCAUUCGCUUUGACAAUAAAAGGAUUGUCAGCGGUGCCUACGACGGCAAGAUCAAGGUGUGGGACCUGCAGGCAGCCCUGGACCCGAGAGCCCCAGCCAGCACGUUAUGCCUGCGCACUCUAGUGGAGCACUCUGGCCGCGUGUUUCGUCUCCAGUUUGAUGAGUUUCAGAUCAUCAGCAGUUCUCACGACGACACCAUCCUGAUCUGGGACUUCCUGAACGUCUCGACUAAUGGCCAGUCGGAGGGACGGUCUCCCUCCCGCACCUACACUUACAUUUCUAGAUAGCAGGUGGCACCAUCCACUGCACCCUUUCUCGGCGGAGCCCAGGGCUGAUUGUUGGCUGAUUGGUGCGUCCGUCAUGGAAAAGAGCCCCUCUCUUCUCCUUCCUCCUCGUCAUCCCUCUGUCCACCUCCCACACUGCCCCUGCCACAUCCACCUCCUUGCCCCUUCUGGCAGACCCUUGAGCUUGUGCCCAUUGCCUGCCAGUACUGUCACGUGCGCACACGCACACGCACACACACACACACACACCGGUCAACACAAGGAUUCCCUUCUACAGAACCAACUCAACUCUCCAAAGAAGUUCACCCUGUACUACUAAUUUAUGUUUUCUAAAGUACACUAAUGACAGUAUUAACGAGACCUUAUGUAAGUCACAACUUCCCCUUUUGUCCCCUUGAUUCAAACGUAAAGCAGUUUUUGCUCUAUAUAUAUAUAUACAAAUGUGUAUAAUAUAAUAUAUACAUAUAUAUUAUAUUACACACACACACACUCUCAUACAGUCGCACAGUUGGACAGAGGAUGACUGGAGCUGUGGUGCGGGAGACAGAGACUCUUUACUCGGCUCUAGGAAAGGAGGGAAGGAUGGGACACGGAGGCAGUGAAGGAGGGAGAAAUGUGUUGGAAUGACUUCCCUGCUCCCUCUCACUCCCUCCCACUCCUCCCUGUAUCUCUCUCUAAACCCCCCCCCCUCUCACCCCCCAAGCCCUAACCCCCAGAGAUGCACACUCGCUUGGAGUAUGGGGGCACACACACUCAAGUUUGUGUGAGUGUGUGUUUGUGUAUGUGGACUUGUGAAACGGCAGAAUGAGCAGAAGCGUCAGACAGACAGACAUGCAUGUGAGGUUGCCUUGGAUACAGCAUCCUGGUAGACCUUUGCUUUUUUUCUCUUUAACUCUUACUUUCUUACUGUUUUUUAUUACUGUUAUUUUCUCAUUUUAUUUGCGUAUUUUGGUUCUUAGUACAAAAAUCAUACUAAGCGUAGUCCUUUCUCUCUCCUCCCACUGCCUUUUCCUCAUUCUUUCUUCGAACUUUGACCUAUGUUCAUCUGUCCCUUUCACUCCAUCUUCCCUCCCCCAUCAUCUACGUGCUUGCUUUGGUUAUGAGAGAAGCUGGAACUCAAGAGCUCAAAUUUAGCUGUAAACGGAGUUGUCUUGUCAAAAAUUGUGUUGUAUAUUAAAAAUGAUUUUUUAAAGAAAAUGACCUUAUUGUGAAUAAAGUACUUGACAGUGGUGGAGUGUUGAGCCAACUAACAUGAAUGAGUUUGAUGUCUGUCCUUGUCUGUGUGCAUGUGGGCGUGGAUUUGUGCUAUGCUCUUAUAACGUGUAGAUAAAACCUGAUUAGGCCUUAAAUUUGUUACUUUUGUACUUCAAACACCCAAAAGUGACUCAAUGGUUAUGUGUCCCUCUGGCAAAGAAAGUCAUUGUAAUGUCUUCUUUUUCUCCUGAAUCUUCUCAAGAAAACGUUUCUCAUCUCAGUCAUGAAGGAGUCCUACUUUGUCAAAGUUUGUAUUGUUUUAUAAAAAAAAAAAGGCAUGGUGUAGUAUUUUGACAAAAACAAUAAGUCUGAGUACAGUGUGUCAAUGUGUAUAAUAUGUCUGGAACAGGCUGGAAAACAGUACGUCGCCAAAGGUUCUGGUAUAGUCGCGUCAUAAAAAGCUUUAUCAUGUUGAAUAAAGUCAUUUGUCGAACAAAUAUUAAAUAGUUCAACGCUCAAAGGUUAUGUCAAAGAAAAGCAUUAACGUUUGUUUAAAAAAGUCAGUGUCAUUCUUGACAGGGUCAAUUAAGUGCAGUUUGUCCUACAGCUUUAUACGUAUAAAAAUAAUUAAAUGGUAAUAUUGCUG